AUGGUUCUCGCUCUAACCCCUCCUCGUCCCUUACCCCAAAGAAAUCGCUCGAUUUACUACGAAACGAUUCAAGACAUUCAAGAGACUGACGAAUUGUUACUAGGACCUAGAGAACCACUUCAACUCGAUGUUUUCGGAGAAGGAACGAAUUCGGAUGAAAAAGAAAUAGAAACAGGUAAGAGAAAGGGGGUGUGUGUCAGAUAG